UGUGUCGUCCCUAGCAACCCCUCAAAACCCAACCCCUCUCUCUCUCUCUCUCUCUCUCUCUGUGAUCUUGGAAUUUAAUCUUGUUGGCAAUGGCGGCGAAACGCUUUUUUAAUGAUUCCAAAUCCGACCAAGAUCAGCCACCCGAGAAACGGAUGAAACCCAGACCUUCUUUUGCUUCUGUUAUCGGAGAAGUGGUUAUGGUGAAUUCUCUGCACAACCUUUUCUCAUCCUUGGAACCUUUGCUUAGAAGAGUGGUGAAGGAAGAGGUGGAGACAACUCUGAGACGCCAUUCCCACACUAUCACAAGGUCUCCUUCACUGCGAAUCCAAGCACUAGAGCCAUCAAGCUUGAGACUUUGUUUCAGCAAGAAACUUUCGCUUCCUAUAUUCACUGGAAGCAAGAUUACAGACAUGGACAGCAAUCCCCUUCAAGUCCAUCUUGUGGACAGCGAUCAUCCUAUGGUUCCGAUAGUCCUCCAGCACUCGAUCAAAAUAGAACUCGUCGUUCUUGACGGCGACUUCCCUGGGGAUUCUGAAACUUGGACCGGCGAAGAGUUUAAUAACAAAAUCGUCAAGGAGAGAGCCGGCAAGCGGCCGUUGCUUACCGGAGGAGACUUGACCGUUACCCUGAGAGAAGGGUUUGCACAAAUCGGAGAUAUCGAAUUUACCGACAACUCCAGCUGGAUUCGGGGCCGGAAAUUCAGGCUUGGUGCAAAAGUUGUUCCGGGAAGCUAUCAAGAUACUGCUCGGAUCUGUGAAGCCAUGACCGAAGCCUUUGUUGUCAAAGAUCAUCGCGGAGAAUUGUACAAAAAGCACCAUCCACCACAGUUGGAAGACGAAGUUUGGCGGCUAGAGAAGAUUGGGAAAGAUGGAGCUUUCCACAGGAAGUUAACAACUGCGGGAAUCAAAACAGUACAAGACUUCUUGAAGCUGUCUGUUGUCGACCCUUCAAAGCUUAAAAACACUUUAGGUAUUGGGAUGUCUGAGAAAAUUUGGGAAGCAACUAUAAAGCAUGCCAAGACUUGCACUUUGGGCACCAAACUCUACGUCCUCCGGAAACACAAUUUUGCCCUUACCUUGAAUCCUAUAUGCCAAGUUGUUAGGGCUGAAAUUGAUGGCCAAAUCUACGUUUCAAGGGAUCUAAACAGCAUCGACAGGAGGGAUAUGGAGAAAUUGGUGUGGGAAGCAUAUAACACCUGGAGUUCCUUGCAGGAGGUGGAUGGAGCUUUGAAUGAGACUGCCUUAAUCACACAAGUCGAAACGAUGCAGCAAUAUUCCAUUAAUCCUCAACUGGAGAUGGUGAGAUCGUUUCCACAAAAUGGGUAUAUUACUGACGUGGAGUUUGGAUUAAGCAAUUGCAAUGGACACGUGGGGUAUAGCGGCUGGGUUAUUGGCACGCCCAACAUUGAAAAUACCAUCAACUAUUGCAUCUCGGACGCAUCAUCGGAUGGGAAUUAAAGACUUCAAAGCCUUUCCUCAAUGGGGGAGUUGAAGGAAUUAGAUGAUGCAUUGAUUUCAGGUGUAUAUUAUAUUUUAAUAUUUUAAUAUUUUUCAUAUAUAUAUAUAUAUAUAUAUGGAAAAUAUAGGCAAAUAGGCAAUGCCACCCAAUGGCAAAAGUAUAUAUUGUGGUGUUAGUGUAGGAAGAUGUGAUUUUGCUUUAAGCCGAGUACUCCGAUGGAACUGCCUUUGGUUUGUUUUUAUAAUUAUGUGCAGUUUUUUUAAGAUUAAUAAUUGAUGUGAAGGGGCAAUCGAUUAACAAUGUCUCUUCCAAAUUUAUUUUACAAGAUAAA